AUGUGCGUCGCCCUGGUGCCGCUGACUGGGGGGGCAGGGGGCGGGGUCUGUGCCUGCUGGAUGGAGCAGACCCCGCUGGCAGUGGCUGCUGGGUACCCUGAGCCUCCUCCCAAGACGCGUCCAUCUCUGGCUCUGGGAAGACUUCUCACAGUCCGUGCUGCAGUCGUCUUCCUGAGGCUGGUCCUGGUCGCCUCCGUCCUGUUGCAGGCUAUUCUCUAUCCCUGAUUUAUGGGCACAAUAUCAGAUGUCAAGACCAAUGCCCAGUUGCUGAAAGGUCGUGUGGACAACAUCAGCACCCUGAGUCCUGAAAUAAAGAGGAAUAGAGGUGGCGUGGCAGCGGUUGGCAUUCAGGUCCAGAUGGUGAAUGCCAGCCUGGAGCGUGUGCGUUCUCAGAUCCGGAGGUUGGAAACCAGCAUGAAGGAAGCCAAUGCAUGGCUGCAGAUGCUAACAAGUAGUUGGGAAGAAGUCGAUAAGUUCAAUGCCCAAAUCCUGGAGCUAAAAAGAGAUUUGGAUAAAGUCAGUGCUUUAAACACAAAGGGCCGGGGACUCCAGAGAGGUUUGGAGAAUAUCAGCCAGUUGUUCCAACAGCAAAAUGACAUCCUACAGAUGGUUUCUCAAGGCUGGAAGUACUUCCGGGGGAACUUCUAUUACUUUUCUCAAAUCACAAGGACCUGGUACAGUGCCCAGCAGUUCUGCUUGUUCAGGGAUUCACACCUGACCUCAGUGACCUCAGAGAGUGAACAGGAGUUUCCCUACAGGACUGCAGGCGGACUUCUCUACUGGAUCGGCCUGAGCAAAGCAGGGAGUGAGGGGUACUGGUACUGGGUGGAUGACUUGCUGCUCAACAAGAUCCAGAGUGUGAAGUUCUGGAUUCCAGGUGAGCCCAACAACACUGGAAACGAUGAACACUGUGCCGAUAUAAAGAUGUCCUCACUGCAGUCAUGGAAUGAUGCCUCCUGUGACAAUGAAUUUCUUUUUAUCUGUAAACGACCCUACAUCCCAUCAGAAUCAUGUCAGGACUGGCCCCCAAGCUCAAACUUUAAACUCCAAUGCUUGUUGAAUUCAAGGAAAUGCGGCUCUCUCCUUCAUACUCCAGGGUGA